CCCUCGCCAUUAUUCUUGCACUGAAAAAACUACCAACCCCUCCGCCCCGCCCCGCCCCAACAGCAGCAGCGGGGAGCUGGCCUGCCGCCGCGCGCCGCCGGAGAGGCGAUCCGGCGACCGGAGGAGAGGGUGCCGCCAUGGCGCGGAAGCACGGCUGGCAGCUCCCGGCCCACACCCUGCAGAUUGUUGCAAUUACUGUAUUCUUCCUUCUGGUGGUUGCAUUUUAUGCCUUCUUUGCACCAUUUCUGGGAACACAAGUCCUUGAGUAUGUUGCGAUAGGCAUUUAUACUCCCAUGGCGUUGGCUGUCUUCAUCCUUUACAUCCGGUGCACAAGUAUUAAUCCUGCUGAUCAUGGUAUCAUGGCAAGGUUUGAGGAUGGUUUUGUCGAUGUACCUGCUAACAGCGAUGGAUUGGAAGGCAUAAACUUGCCCCAGAAAGCAAACAGCGCUAUUGGAACACACUCCCCAACAUCUACUUGCAGAAGCUCUCUAGAUGGCCAUUCUAAUCACAGAGGUACAUCUAUAGGGGAAGCAAACGUAAAUGUGAGCUCACAACUGCCGAAGAAAAGAUCAAGUUGUUUCCUCUUUGGUGGGCUCGUGUGUGCUUUAUUUGUUAAGGAGGACUGCCGGAAGCCUGAUGAUUCAGAGCAACAAGCUAAUGGCGAAGAGGCUCUGUUUUGCACAUUAUGCAAUGCUGAGGUUCGCAAAUUCAGUAAACACUGCAGAAGCUGUGACAAGUGCGUGGAUGGAUUUGAUCAUCAUUGUCGGUGGCUGAAUAAUUGUGUUGGGCGGAAGAACUACUUCACGUUUAUUGCUCUGAUGGCAAUCAGUCUCCUAUGGCUUGCAAUUGAAUUUGGAGUGGGCAUUGCUGUUCUUGUUCUCUGCUUUGUCGAUAAGAAUUCACCAAGAAUUCUCCAAGAAAAGCUUGGGAAUGGCUUGACUCGCGCUCCAUUUGCUGUGAUUGUAGGUAUAUUCACACUUCUGUCAUUAGUGGCCUGCGUACCUUUAGGAGAACUUUUCUUCUUCCACAUGAUAUUGAUCAGAAAGGGGAUCUCAACCUAUGAUUAUGUGGUCGCAAUGAGAGCUAUGAGCGAGGGGAUUCCAGAAGACGAGGAAGGAGCAAAUAUCAUCUAUUCCCCCUCAAAUUCAGCAACAACCGGAUUCAGUGUUGGAAGUUCUCUUGGCCUUCACCACAAGGGUGCUUGGUGUACACCUCCAAGAAUAUUUAUUGAUCAGGAUGAAGUGAUUCCACAUUUGGACCCUGGGAUGGUUCCUUCAACCGUUGAUCCUGAUGCUGCUGGAUACGCUGAAAGAGCAAACAAAGCCAAGAAGCCAGUCAAGAUCAGUGCCCGGAGCCUUGCAAAGCUGGACAGAAACGAGGUGAUGAAAGCUGCGGCAAAAGCUCGGGCAUCAUCCUCUGUUCUCCGACCAAUAGAUGCCCGUCAUGGCCAUGAAGCUGAUAUUAGCUCCAGUGGCAAUGCCAGCGUCAGGAGUAGUAUGAGUGUUGAUUACAGUGCUACAAAGGAAUCGAGGAGUGAGAUGAGGCUGUCUCCUCUACAGAACUCAUAUCCACAGAGUCUUGCAAGCCAGGAUGACUAUGAGACUGGCACACAGACCGCAAGCAGUUUAAGCAGCCCGGUCCACAUCCACAAGCUUGCCCCUCAUGCUCAAUUUCGUGCAGCACCUCAUCCAGCUCCACCUCCUGAAAGGCCUGCGCUAGGGAUUACAAGGCCACCUGUUCCUGCCACACAUAUAAGUAACAACCCAAUGUUCCAGUCAGCCACAUCAUAUGUCAGGGAGAACCGCAGAGCCUCUGUUGUCUGGGAUCAAGAGGCUGGUCGGUACGUGUCAGUGCCCAUGCAAACAACAAGAACAGGACCCGGUGUUGAGCUGCCUGCAAGAAACCCAAGUUUCUUGGCGAAUCCAAGUGGUGAACCAGGCAACCAUGGGAGAAAUCUUGCACCUGCGAACACGACAUCAUCAGCGAUUCCUUCGGGCCAGCCGUCUGAGAGAUUGACGUACACAGGCCAAUCAAUAUUCUUUGGUGGGCCAAUCCUGAGCACCACCGGCAUAAAUGCAGAAAGGAAUGAGGCUGGCACAAGAGUGCGCCCUGAGGGAAGCAGAGAUCCCAACUCCCACCAGCGGGACAUCCGUGGCGAGAAGGCUCGGACAGGCUCCUUCCCGUUGUUUGAGCCUAGGAAUUUCUAAUAGAACCUGCUUUGUUGGCAAGUGACCUUGACCGGCUGUUUUACUCUUCUCUACUAUGUCGUCUGCUCAAGUGCCACCGCCAUGACAGUGGGGGUGAUGUUGAUGCACUGCACCCCGUGCAGAGUCAGGGAACUGCUGAAAUAGUUGACCCGGGGCUUCAACGAUACAUAGAUAAUGAUGCUUUUUAGAGCUUUAUUAUAGUGAGUGAGGAUGGCGCUAACUUUGUUUGAUGUUUUACAAACUGACUGAUAGUCGCAGUUUUAUUUUGCGUGCAUUAGGAGUUGAGAUGUUUGAUGCGCUUGGCAUGUAGUAGCAGAGCUGAUUAAACUUUGCCCUUGAUGUGUAGAACCUUUUGAUUUGCCGCUGACUUUGUUCCAUUACGGACUUCGGAGCGUUCAUUCCAAGUCUCUGUUCUGUUACUGCUGUAAUAGUAGCCCACGUGUGAAGGCAUUGUCUCCAA